AUGGACGCAACCAAAGACACAGAAACUGCCAAGCAGGAGGAGGUCAAGCAAGAGCUCACGGAGGCUGUCAAGGAGGAAGUGAGGGAUGAGGUGAAAGCGGAGGAGAAGGCCGAUGUCAAGGCCGAGACUGUCGCUCCCGCAGUCGCUGCCUCUUCAUCUGAUACACCAGUGCCCGACGCUCCGGUUGCCGAUCCUCCAGUUCCUACUCCCUCAAGCAUCACUCCUGUGCCAGCGGCAGAGCCAUCCACAGCUCCUCCUCCAGAGACAAAGCCCUCAGAGGCCGCCGUUGCUGUCACUGCCGCCGCGGCGGUGACGGCUGCGGUUGUGACAGAGGCCGUUGUAGAGAAGGCUUCCGCUGAGAAGACUACUACUGAAGAGACCACCGCUCCUCUAGAGCCACCAGUUGAAACAGAAAAAGUCCCUGUUGAACAGGCUGCCGAUAAACCUAUUGAGCAGGCCGCUGAGAAGCCUACUGAGAAGCCUGUUGAGAAGCCUGUUGAGAAGGUUGUCGAGCAGCCCGUUGAGAAACCUAUCGAGGUACCUGCUGAGAAAGUCGCUGCUCCUCCUGCACCGUCGGCUGUCGAGGAAUUUGAAGAUGUCCCAGACCCCGAUGAGGACGAUCUGGAUGACCUAGAUGACAUGCUGGAUGACUUCUCCGCUGUCCAGAUAGAGUCAAAAAAGCCCGCCGCACCUACUGGUCCCAGUUCAACCCAGGCUGCCAAGGAGCCCGCUUCUUCCAGCAAGCAGCCAGAAGCUGAUGAUGCCUUCUCAGAAGAGGAGUUUGCCAAGCAGCUUCAAGCUGGGAUGGCAGACUUGCUAGGCGAGCUCGAAAAAUCUCCGGAUAUGCAGGCACAGUUUGAGGACAUCUUCAAGCACAUCGCGGCCGCAGAAGGGGCUGGUGACGCUCCUCCUCCUCCUCCCGCGGCGGCGGCGGCCUCGGCUGGCCCUGCGCCUAGUGCACCGGCAGAGGAUGCUUCCUUUCAGGAGACGAUCCGACGAACUAUGGAGCGUAUGCAGGCAUCGGGUGACCAGGCCACGGCCGCUGCCGCCGAGGGCCCUGCGGAUGAUUUCAUGUCUGAGAUGCUGAAGCAAUUGUCAUCGGGCGACCUCGGCGGCCUCGGCGGUGAUGGCAGUGAGGAAGAGUUCUCCAAGAUGCUCAUGGGCAUGAUGGAACAACUCACCAACAAGGAGAUUCUGUACGAGCCCAUGAAGGAGCUUGACGACAAGUUCCCCGAGUGGCUCGCCAAGAACCGCAACUCGACACCAAAGGAGGACCUGAAGCGUUAUGAGGAGCAGCAGUCCGUCGUGCGCGAGAUUGUGGCCAAGUUUGAGGAGAAGACGUACUCGGACUCGAACGCCGCGGAUCGCGAGUUUAUUGUGGACAAGAUGCAAAAGAUGCAAGCAGCGGGAUCGCCUCCCUCUGACCUGGUUGGAGACAUGGCAUCCGCGCAGGAAGCUCUCAACCCCUCGGAUGAAGCAUGUAAUCCCCAGUAG